UUUUGUUGUCAAAUUUGCAAAGACUAUUCAUCAUCGAUUAUUUUUUCUUUUUCAUCCUACAUUCUAUCCAUUUGUUAGUGCAAAUUUCCUAAAGGGUUAUGUGUCUUUAUGCUAAAGUUGAGCUGUUGAACRUUAUCGUGUUUGUCAACCAGAAUAUUAACUUCACAUUAUAAUUACUGUUAUCACACAUGCGAGUGUAACCCACACAAACAGAGGCUCUUAAGAUAUGUGCAAACAAACCCUAAUCUAUUGACUGAUUCCCAAAUAAUAAUGCAUACUAGUUGCCGCAAAGCCCACACCUCGGUGUCCAAAUGCAAAUCUACUGAACCAUGCCUCAAUCAUGAUAAUCGCACCUAUCGAAACUCACGCCUAGAGAGAUGGGUGUCGCCAUUGCGGUAUUUUUCAGGCCCAUGUCUGUCAUAUUCAGCUGUCACCAAUGAAAAUUGAUUCGCCUGACCUUUCGCAAGCCUGUUAGUCUGAGCGCACUUGGUAGGAAAGGUUAUUUCAACGCGAUAGUCAAACUAAUAAAGUAGAGUAGCUGCGUGGACCGUCGUCUGGACAUUCAUUUUAUUCCUAGCGCAUUACAAGCUCCCUGGCUUAAGUUCCACCACGUUUGAUCUGACCAGCACGGCGGCCGAAGAAAAUGCGGUUUUCGCCCGAGAUAACCGUAGCAUAUUUUAUCCUCCAAGCGCUAUUGACAUCGUAUAUUAAGGACGUCUCCGCCAAAAACGUUCCUGAGGUGAAGGCAGAAAAAGAUGACCUCGAUGGAAUGGAUUUUUUGUCAGAGUGGUCGGAAUGGAGCCGUUGUUCUCGUACGUGUGGGACUGGAAUUCAAUUUAGAGGCAGAAGAUGCAACAGAGAUAGAAGCCCUUGUCUUAGAUAUCCAAGACAGCACCGCACAUGUAAUAACCAGCUUUGUCCCUUGAAUUCUCCCAACUUUCGGGACGUUCAGUGUGCGAAGGAAAAUGACAGAGAAGUGAUGUUGAAGGGGAAAAAGGCUAAAUGGAAAUCUAUAGAACGAGGGACCACUAAAUGUAUGUUAUUCUGCUAUCCUAUURGUCAUCGCAUAGCGUUCUAUCUUGGCCGCGCGCAAGAUGGUACCAAGUGUAUAGACGAGCCGUAUAGUGUCUGUGUCGCUGGCAAGUGCACGAGUGUUGGGUGCGACAGAGUCCUGGGUUCUCAGAAGAUCUUUGAUAGGUGUAAAGUAUGUGGAGGCAAUGGUUCUACUUGUAAGGCGUAUUCAGGAAUGAUUGACCGCGAGCCAACAGCUGAAGAGAAAAAAGAAGGUUACAUGAAGCUGUUCGUUAUUCCAGAAGGUGCAACUACAAUAUUAAUCAGUGAGGUUUCCCAGAACUACUUAGCCAUCAAGGGAUCGUCCGGCGUGUUUGUAUUUGGGGGUGACAAAAAGAUGUCGGAUCCAGGAACGUACCGAAUAAACGCUACAGACUUCCAGUAUUCUAAACUACCCAGUGAGAAAUCUGAAGCGGUCAUGAUCAUGGGACCGACGAAGGAGGACUUUUAUGUUAUGGCUAUAUUGACUGAUAAAGAUAACCCCAAAGCCGACUAUGAAUACUGGUUACCCAAGAACAGACCAACCACGCCACCCAAGCCAGUAUUUAAAGUGCAUACUUUAUCAUCGAGUGCUAAACGUCGAGUCACGAGCAAGACAACGCCCCGUAAAAUUAUCUUUGACGAAAGCGAUUUCUUGAAAGAUCGCAAAACAGAACUAUAUUUUUCUUCAUCGGAACGUCCACCUCGUACACAGCCUAUGACAACUGCGGGUGACUUGGGCGAGUCAUCUACAAGUACUCCUGAGCAACAUAUAUCAACGGAAUACCCAACUACAACUACAUCUUUACUUUCAUCACCUCGUACACAGCCUAUGACAACUGCAGGUGACCUAGGUGAGUCAUCUCCAAGUACUGAGAUACUGGAACACUCUACCAYGCCACAAAACGAAUCUACUGUCACUGAUCCUUCAACUUCCGCGUCUCCGCAAUCUACGGAUACAAAACCUGUGACUACGAAGCCGUAUUCUUCAGCAACGAGCUUUCAGACAUCUCCAGGAACAUCCACGUUUGAACAUCCUAUUGCAACACAUGUGCCAGCUACUAACACGAGACCAUUGAUUCAGCGAAUAACAGAAACAGUUUCCUCUGAGUAUAAUGCAACAGUACAACCUACAGCAACAGAGGACCAGAAUAUAACAGUACAACCUACAGCAACAGAGGACCAGAAUGCAACAGUACAACCUACAGCAACAGAGGACCAGAAUAUAACAGUACAACCUACAGCAACAGAGGACCAGAAUGCAACAGCACAACCUACGGCAACAGAGGACCAGAAUAUAACAGUACAACCUACAGCAAUUGAAGUACAAAAUACUACAUCACUCUAUAUCAUGACAGCGCAUAUUAACACAACCAGUUCCACUACCACAAGAAGAGUGAACAUAGCUUUUGAAAAAGUUGCUCAUCUUAAUUUUACAGAGCAAUCGAACAGAACUAUAGAGCUAAAUAAUGCUACGCAAAAGGCAACAACGACCGCAGCCAUGGAAAUUACUGUGGCUGAUAUAACUACAACAGAACAGCCUACUACGAUUAUCGAGCAAACUGCUGCUGACAAACAAUUUAUCGAUUCUGGGAACUAUUCUUCCAAAGAGCAGCCCACGACCGAAGAGAGCUUGACAACUAAGCWGGAGAUAAACUAUAAUGGUACUGUUUUGCCUACUAACCCUAGAGUAACCAACAGCACAGUGUCACCCACACUUGAARGAACAGAUAAAUUGGGCAAUCGCACAUCAGAGUACAUGACUUGGAGUCAUUGGACACCUUGUUCUCGUACCUGUGGCUUGGGUUUCAAAGUUCGUGCAAGGCUCUGCAAACAUWGCAACGAAAGUGUUUGUUCUAGGAAUGAGACGCAGGUUGCUCUAUGUACCAUCAGACAGUGCGAGAAGAUAGUCCCAUCGUGGUCACCAUGGAGACCUUGGACUGAGUGUAGCUCACAGUGUGGAAUAGGACUGCGAAUAAGAGUUCGCUCAUGUCGUAAUUCCAAAGUUAUGACGCUGAUUAGGACUAGUUGUCCUGGUCGAAGAUAUGAUAUAGAGAUUUGUAGGUCGUUUGCAAAUUGUUCAUCGAGAGUAAACAUGGUGAAGCAAAGCAAUGCAUUCAUCACUGUUGCAAAAUCCACAAUGAAGACUCCAUCGACGUCUUCCUKCCAGGAAAAGCCUUGCCAGACACCCUCAUUGAUCAGCUCUGCAACUCCAAAGGCAUCGCUCUCUUAUACUAGAGCAACAGCUAGCAGAGCUGUAUCUCAGAGUGCUAUGAGCAAUCAUUUAGUUGUGGAUGACAUAAACACGAAAACUAUAUCGAAGAUGGUUUUGCCUGUGACGGCUAAGAUGUCUUCUCCGACGUCCUCCUUAACUACGGGAGGAAUUUUUUCAGAGAGAGGGGAAAAUGAUGUGUUGGUCACUCGUGGUAUGRGUUUCUCUACACCGGUAGAAACCUUCAUAAGAAUGACACCGUCAACAACACUAACGGCAUCAACUGCAGUACCAUCUAUAACACAAUCGCCAUUCACAUCACUGUCAUCAACAGCAUUUUCAUUAUCAUUAUCAACUUCAUCAUCAUCAACAGGAUUUUUAGCAUCAUCAUCAUCAUCAUCUUCAUCGUCGUCACUAUCACCAUCAACUUUACCAUCAUCAACAGCAUUUUCAUCAUCUUCAUCAUCACAAUCAUUUUUAUCAUCGUCGUCACCAUUAGCAUCAGCAUCAUCAUCAACUUCAAAACCAUCACCCUCAACAUCACUACCGUCAAUACCAACAUCAGCAUCAGCAUCAACGUUCUCGUCACUGUCACCAUCACCUUCAUCACCUUCUUCAUCAUCAUCAUCAUCAUUACCAACAUCAUCAUCCAUAAUGUCACAGCCAGUGUCCUGCGUAUCUUGUGUUUAUGCUGCCACAAAAUCAUCAACACAUUCUAWGGCAUCUUCUGAUCACCCAUUACCAACAAGAAGUUAUCAGAUGACAUCUCUUGAACCAUCUUUAUCAACAACAGUCAUACAAACCCCAAAACUGUCAACCUCUUCUCCUUCAAUGCAAGACACAAUCAAAACCCCUUCAGUUCAAAAACCAAGGACUUCUAGUUCUUUUGGAGGUCGUUUUGAAGCAGUUACCAUGUCUAAAGUUUAUACAAGUAAUAUGACAUCCAUUGAACCCAGUAGAACAAGUGUUGUUACAACGCAGGAAUCUUCCACAAGAAUCGUUCAAGGUCACUCAAAUAGUUGUUCACGAUGUCGCACGUCUGAAAAGAAGCAAAAACUCUUCUGUAAAGGCGACUAUGCAAUCCAUGUGCAAGUGAGGAAUGGCUCCACAACUUCAAACAACAAAACAGUGUACCAUCUACUUGUCCAAAACAUAUACAAGAGUAAUCUCCCACUAUCAAGGGACCUCUUCAUUCGCGUCACAGGAGUCCAAUGUCCAUGUCCUUGGCUACAAACUGGUAAAGAAUAUCUAGURAUAGGACGYGCACGACGAACCMAGAAGGRAUACUCYAAAAUUAUCAUUAAUCGACGCAGUUUCGUUGAGGAGUGGAGUGGAAGUGUUAAUUCUGAAGUAGAAGUACUCAGAAACCGAUGUGUUGCACUUGGUUUUAAUGUGUCCUCUUCGUACCUGAAGACUGUCAACCUGAAGCGUACAAAUAACGGAGAAAACAAUUCAAGUGUUGCUGAGGGACCAUCAGUUAUUCCAACGACAGGUAAACCUAGUACCUCUAUGUYAACGUUACCAACUACCAUUAUCAACAAGUAUUCAGAUUGUCCUCCAUGUAUUCUAUCGGUCAACAGCAGUAUAGGAGCUAUGUAUUGCACAAGUGAAUAUGCCAUCCGUGCUCGAAUCACUAAAUACCGCAAGGCAACCAACCGCACAAUGUUCUACGCUCAUCUCAUUACGACCUACAAAACCACGAGUAAACUGCCUAUCGAAGUCUUAAUCAGAGUACCGGGUGAGAAAUGCCCUUGUCCUCGGCUAGUGCCUGGCGUGGAAUACCUAAUGAUUGGCAAGACCAAGCUAACUCUGAAUGGUAAAAGGAGGUUGACUUUGAGCGUGGAGAGUUUUUAUGCCAAAUGGCGGGAUGAGUUUGAGAAGGAGAUUGAUACCACGAAAACAAGAUGUGGGCUUCCUUUGGUGACUUCCCAACCUGAUGAUAAUUCAACGGUCGCCUCUCAUCAAAGUACAACCAUCGCACCAACAGUGAAUCCAACCAUCAUGCCUACCACAGCUCAAAAUAACAGCUCGUGCCCUUCAUGUGACCAGUCGACAGUCGCUCAAAACCAACAGAAAAGAUUCUGUAAAAACGAAAAUGUUUUCCGUGGUCGUGUUASUAAGAGUAUCCCCACAGCAACCAACCGCACCCUCUACUACAUCACCAUGGUAGCAUCCUUCAAGACUAACUUCGAAAUGCCCGACAAGAUUGUUGCUCGACUGUCUGAUAACAGCUGUCAGUGUUCGCACUUGACGGUCGAUAAAGACUAUUUAAUCAUGGGUCAGGUGAAGCUGAAUAAGAAAGGGAAAGGGAGAGUUGUUCUUACGAAGAAAAGUUUCGUYCAAGACUGGAACCCAGAUUUUAUCCAAAAGAUUGACCAAUUGAAAGCGAAAUGUGGGCUUCCUGUAGUGAAUAAUAAAAGUGGCCCAAGUACUGAACCAAGUGGAACGCCCUUGGGAAAAACUCCUACACCCAGUAAAGCAGUAAAACCAACUACGGUUGCUAAAGUUACAAGAAACGAAGCGUGUCCACCGUGCCGCGUCUCAGCCAAUAUUCACGAUUUCUGCUCUAAUGAUUAUGUGUUUCGCGGGCGAGUACUUAAGGGAUACCGUACGUCCGCUAACCGGACAGUCUACCAUGUCAGUUUAACAACUUCAUACAAGAGCUUGGCGAACCUAACUUCAGUUAUUCUUGUCCGCAUACCUGGAGUGUCAUGCCCCUGUCCUCACCUCCAGGUCGGAGUGCAAUACGUCUUCAUGGGMUGGGUGAGAGUCAAGAGGAAGAGCGUCUCAACAAUUGCGCUUAAUCCGAAGAAUUUUGCGCAAAAGUGGGAUGAAGGCUUUGAAGAGGAGCUGUCUUCAAUCCGCAGCUCCUGUAAGAAGUCGUUAGUCGUUGACGGUCCCUUGGUGCAGUCGGUAUCKGCCAAAAAAGAUAAAACAUUGCCAACUACAGGCAUCACGCCCCAUUCUUCCACAGCUAGUGUUAAGACUAGCACUCUUAGGACUACUAAUCAAGCUCCUCCGCCUACUGCUAGUAUAAACCUCACUGGUACUAUAGAAAAGAGAUGUGCACCUUGUCAGACAUCUAGGAAAAGAAAUCRAUUGUACUGCGCAAGUGAUUAUGUUGUAACUGUGGAGAUCGAGAAGAAAGAACACAAUCCAGUGACCCAGAACACCAAGUACUUUGCUGCAGUAAAAUACACAUUUAAACAGAAAGAUCCCUUGGAACUGAUGGUCAUUCUAUGGGUUCUUAACAACGACUGUAACUGCCCAAACCUUCAGCUAAACCACUCUUAUGUCGUCAUGGUGAACAACGACUUUGGAGAGAAUGGAAUAGAAAGACUGGCGAUGUCUGAACGAUCAUUCAUUAAAAAAUGGACCAAGGGGUUGCAAAGAAGAAUAUCAAAACUUAGGAAUAMUUGUAAUACUGAUCAUAAAGGAAGGUACUAAUAUCACUGUUGCAAAUUGCCAGAUCAUGAAAACGAGGGCAAAAAAGGGUUUAAAGGGAAUAAGGAAUCUACCACCCAACCCCACAAAAACAUAGAAUAUACUUAUGAUGUAAAAUUUCAGUUCUUAUCAUUUAAGGAUUAUUAGAUUACACUAAUUAACAAGGGGUACUCAAAACAUUGGUAGUAACACAAGGAACGAAAUGUUCACAUAGCAGAGAUGUACAUUUUCUCAUCAAUCCAAACCUUUGCUGUUUUGUUUGUGAUGCAAAGAUGACAGUGGAUGGGUAGGAAUGCCAUUACGGGUUAUCAAAUGUUAUCUGGUAUGGUAAAACAGGGCUCAAACUUAACCUUUUUCUAAACUGGAAAUCAUUUGAAUAUCUGUAUCUUAAUGGAAAAAUUGGUCAAAUCUUGGAAGCAUUUAAUUGAAAAUGUUUCCUAUUAGUAUAUAUAUUUUUUCAACUAGCAAAGUCAAGAAAAGUUAAACACUUUGCUAGUUGAUAGUACUUAUUAUUUUGAGCUCUGGUAAAAGGCUGUUACCUUAUAAUUACCAAGAUAAUAGCUACUGGAUGGGUAGGAAUUUCAUCAAUUCUUAUAGCUGUUUUCCACUGUUUCUGGUAUAUGUGGUAAAAGGGUAGCUGCCAUAGCAAGAUAACAGAAGAUGGGUAGGAAAGGCAUCAAAUAUUAUCUGGUAUUUAAAACUUACUCCCCAAUAAAAUAACAGUAGCAGAAUAAGAAUAUAUAGCUAAAUGMAUGUAAAUAAAUAUGGUUAACAUGAAAUAUUUGUGUUUCUUUCAGUUAAACAAAGUUGUAAAUAAUUAUUGUAAAUUGAAAUGUKUCUUUAACAGAACUAGAAUAGUACUCUGUGUAUUGUUUAUUCUUAAAUAGGGUCAAUAUAACAUGGAAUGCCUGUAUAUAUAURCUUAAUUAUAUUGACCAAGAAUGUACUUGGUGCAAACA